AACCAUUAAGGCAUUAACCAUUUUCUAGUGUCAUAAACUCAUAACUCACAAUUUCUCGAAGGUUCUCUCGCGACUUGUGAUUUUUUUGUUAACGUUUUCCGUUUAAUUUUAAUCAAAGAUGGCUUCUAAACGCAUUGCUCAAUCUUCUGUUAACUGGGCUGCGAUUGCUGAACGCGUACCGGAAGCGGACAAAGCGUCCUAUUUGGCAUUUAAAGCUAAGUCCGAUGGAUAUCUUCGCAAAAUGUUGGCCAAUCCAGCUGAACCAUUGAAAAUUGAUUGGGCAGCAUAUAAAAAUAAAAUAGCAGUACCUGGGUUAGUCGACAACUUUGAAAAAUCGUACAAUGCGCUUAAAAUUCCAUACCCAGAAGAUAAAUACAGUAGUGCUAUCGAUAAACAUGAAAAGGAAAUUGCAAAAGGUAUUGAAGAAUUUAAAGCUGAAUCAGACGCAAUAAUCAAAGAAGCUGAAAAGAGGAUUGCAGAAAUCAACCGUUUAUUGCCAUUUUCCCAAAUGACCUAUGAAGAUGCUGCUUAUAUUGAACCUGAAUUAACAUUAGAUUUGGAGAACAAGCCAUCAUUCUGGCCACAUCAAGAGAUUGAUUAUGUUUUUGAUGAACCAGAAGCAGAAACUUCAAAAAUAGAAGAACAAAAAAAAAUUGAUGCAGCUCAUUAAAUAAAUAAAAUGGUUCUUAGUUUUCAAUUCUAUUUUACAUCGUGGUUUUUUCAUAAACAUUUAGAAAUAUAACAUAUAUAAAUUUAUGGUUAAAAUUUUAGAUUUUUUUUCAUGUUUUAUUUAGAAUUCUGUUAUACAUGAAUUUUGUAAGAAUAAAAGUACCACAACUUUGCUUUGAAC